UUGUCGAAGUGCAUUAUUUUAUGGCCGUCGUUAUUCGGACUCGAGUCCGAAUAACAUUGGCUGGAUUGUACUUUACCGGACCACCCGUCUCGGCCCGUGAUUACUACGCACGCCUAGCCUAACUACGCACUCAUAGUACUCUGCGUGCGGACAAAAGGUAGUUCCACGGGCGACUUCACGCACGCACAGCGAAGUCAGCGGCGACUGGCGAGGCGAGGUCAGAGAAAACUUACACAAGAGCAGAAGUGAGUGUGCCUGUUUGUGGAAUUUGCCGCCAUGGCGUCACGGCUGAUGUUGCUGGGUCAGGUUGUCAGUAGAGAGGUCCUGAAGCCUAAGGUGGUCAACGUGAGAGUGGUGGAGCAGGUCUUUGAUAAACAUAUCAACAUGUUUUUUGCAGAACCUACAGACUUCAAAGCUGCUGAGGGCGACGUGAAAGUGACCUUGGGUGAUCUUGUUCGCAUUGAUAAGCUACCUGAAAAACUGACGGUUGAGGUGGAGUAUAAGGUGGCAGAUGUGGUCUUUCCAAUUGGUCGUGUUGUUGACCCCAUUACAGGCAGGAAGUGUCGGGGGACGCGGUUCAUCGACGACAAGGCAAGAGAGGAAGAAGCAAAGAGGGUAGCAAGAACAGAGGCUUGGAAAAACUAUCCUUUGUAGCAUUAAGUGUGUGUAGAUUUAGAAGUUUUUUAAAAAUGAUGUCAGGUUUGAAUGUUUUGCGGAUGUUUGUUCAAGAAUGUAGAAUAUUAUUUGUUGUAUUUGAGUUUCUUUUGCUGCAUUUCAUCUCGUCAAAAUCAAACAGUUUUUCUUGGUUCUGAGUUUGAUUCUUGGAAGCUUCUUCUCAUGGGAAUUUCCUGUUUCCUUGUUGAAGUCUAUUUGAAUGUGAAACACUGUGUAUGAAUGAUCAUGUAUGUGUUUUGGUGUGUGCAUGUGUGUUUGUGUUGAGAGCAGGUGUAACGUAGUCUGCUAAGUCACAAACUAGUUAUGUGUUUUGUAGUGAGAAAAGGCAUACCUUUACCUGUAGAGCAGAGUGACGAAGAUGCAUGUGUACAGCUGGAGACUUUGAAUAAACUUUUCUCUGAAUGAACCCCCAGAGACCAGGCAAA